AUGAAUCCAUGUGGAUGUUCGCGAUGGAGAGUGGCGACUACAUUCAUCGUUGCGCUCUCUACUGUCACUUCGCUCGUCGCUGGCGCAAGGCCUCGAGGAGGCUCGCCACUUGGCUCCUCAACAGCUCAGAGAUACAAGGCUGCUACCGCCUUCACCGAGCAUAUGGACCUUUUGAUGGCGGAUAAAUCAGCUGGUCUCCUGAAUGAUGCAGAGGCAGUCCGAGCUGUAGAACAGUUCCUCACGAGUGUUUAUGAUGAGGUUGCUUCGGCCCCAGAAGAAGAGGCCGGCAAAGCUGCACCCCGAGAAGAAGCGGAAGGACAUUCGACCGAGGACGCACAAGGGGCUGAUGCUCUCCCAGAUAGUUGGGAGGAGCUUGCUGUUGACGAUUUUGACGGUAUUCUUGUCCAGUUCAUUGAGGCUGUAGGCGUGAUUCCCAAGCCUGUGUUAGUUCAGGCGGGGCUUGAGAAGUACCGCGCAUAUUUGUGCCACCAACAGUUGUUGGCGCGAUGUGCCUCAGGCAGAAGUUUGCCUGGCGGGAGCAGAGUUGAUCCAAGCCCUGACUUUGUAGUGACUUCCGCCAAUCCAGAUGAAGGCCUCGCGGCGCGACGGUCUCCAAUUCGUAUCAGUAUCUCGGUGCCAACGCCGCCUUCGCAGUCUCCCCGGAGGUCACGCCUGCCACCUCACAGGGAACGAGCCGGAUCGGACUUGCCGGCGGCAACUGGCACCCCGCGAGAGAAUGCGCCCGCGAGAGAGUUUGCUGAAUCGAGAUUCACAGCGGCGGAGACCCGGGAAUCCCACUCAGAUCCCAGGGUAGGGCAGCAGAACCCUGAAAGCUCUUCAGAAAACGAUGGAGGCGGCACCAGUGAGCAGGCGACGAACACAGCUACCACACCACCUAUGGCGCAGGCCACAGGUCCUCCUCAGCCUCGGCAGGUGUAUUAUCCGCCGCCCUUCCCAGACGCCAAUGCCGCGCCCUAUUUGCCCUUCUUCGCUCCACCGCUACAACAUGUGCCGCUGUAUGGCGGGAUGCCGUGGCCCGGCGGUCCUCCUGUCGCACCCAGAGGCUCUCAGGGGAGUCCGUGGACAGCCAAGCAAGAAGGGCGUGAGACCAGCCGCGACAGCGCGCCUGAGGACACACCAGAAAACAACGCGCGAGAAAACGGUAGUCCUGAGGCACCGGGAAGCGCCAGCAGCGGCAGGCCCGGGGCAGAAGCAGAUGCAGGUUCUGCCGUGCCCUACAGCCCUCCCCACCAUGGUCAUCGACCGUGGGACUGGGGGCCUGCGCCGCCGCCGUAUUUCGCUCCCCCUCCUCCACCCCCGCCGCCAUACUACGAUCCGUAUUAUGAUUACUUCCCGCCAUACCUUCCGCCGCCUGGCGCGCCUCGUGGUGCAUACGGCGAGGCAAGGAACGCCACUCAGCCAGACUCGCCUCUUAAAAACAGCGGCCGCCAGCAGCUGCCGCUCCGCCCCCGGCCUUACCUGCCUCCUGGAGGAGGGCCUCCUCCGAGACCCGGACCCGGCGGCGGCCCCCAGAGAAUGCGGCCUCCCUCGCCCCCGCGAGCUGAAGCAGGAAGGGGCAGAGGCCCGCAACGGGAAAUUCCGUCGUACCGCGCUGCUGGCGCAUCACGGGCCUCUCCCACCGCCUCACCCCCUGUCUCCGCGGAGCCCUCGCCGGCGUCCGAGGUGAAGCAGGAAACGAAUAUGCCUCUGUCGCCGUCUGCGGCAGACGAUGCAUCUGGUGGACCAGCUCUGGGCGUUCCCGGCCUGCUUCCACCGGCGACAAGCCCUGAUGAAGACGUCAAACGGACCCCGAGCCCGGCGAACAGAAGAGGGUGGGGGCAGGACGCAGGCAGACUGGGAGGCGAAGGGCAACCCGUGACGCUCGAGCCACCCCCCCCACAUAGCGAUAGGAGAGGUGCGACGGAUGAACACGCCAUUCCUCCGAGUCCCUCUCCCCUUAGCAGAGGAGAGACGCCCGCGGCGGGGUCGACAGAGAGGCGGUCUCCGCCUUUUGGCGUGCUGCCCACAGUGGACGUGCUGGGGACUACGGCGGGCGGCUCUGACACACAGCCCGGCUGGCUGCCAAGAAGGCCGCCGCCUGGCGGCCGCCCGCCGCCGACCAUCACGACGACCAGCACUGUAACGACAACACAGGAGCCCGACGACAUGUACUCAACGCGGCCAGUUCGGUUCACCAGACCCCCCGACUACCUCCCUCCUGAGCGACGCCCCCCGCGGGCCGCUUCGCGGGGCGGAGCGGCCGGCGUGGACGUGCGGCAGGCAGGCUCUGGCGCGACGGAGACACGGCUGCGUGAGCCGCCUCUGUACCCAGGCAUAGCGCCGAGUACCUCGUCGUCAGCGCCGCCGAGGAACCGCCCCACAGGCACGUAUGAUGAUGGCCUGUCUGAACUUGCCCAGGAACCCGGUUCGAAUGUGGCGGCCCUGCCGCCGCAACCGUCUGGAGAUUCCUUUGCCACUGCAACAAACACGAGACCGCCUCCUCGCUACACCCGUCCACCGGACUACUUGCCCCCGGAUAAGCCUCCACCGGGGCCUGAGGAUCCUGCACCGCCUCCCUCGCAGCCAGGCCCCAUGCCUCGUCCUCCGGAUGGCGGCCAGCCUUACCCCGUUCCACCGUAUUACCCCCCGGGCUUUCCGUCCCCUGUGUACCCACCAGAUAUGCCCUACCCCCCGCCAGGCUACCCACCUUUUCACCCGGGACCGCCCCCCGGCUAUCCUUCGCCGCCUGCCCCCGGGUAUCCGCUGCCUCCCGGAGCCCCCCCUCCCCCUGAAACGCCAAACCCCAGCCCCGUGCCUCCAGGGACCCCCACUCCACCCGGAACCCCUCAGCCGGCGCCCACGACGACGACCACUCGGCGCCCCGUGCGAUACACCCGCCCGCCACAAUACGAGCCGCCUGACCAGCAGCCUCCUUCUCUCCCGGAUCCAGCGCCCACUCCGGUGCCUCCGACACCUCCAUACCCUCCACCUGUGUCUCCGCCGCCGCAACCGGUCCCUCCUUACUACCCCCCGUAUCCUCCCUACUAUCCCCCCACUCCGCCUCCUCAGCCACCUCCAGGCUACCCUCCAGAACAAUCGUACCCGCCGUACUACCCGCCACCUCAGCCCUGGCCAGGGGCCACUCAGCCCUUGAGGCCAACGUCCCCGGAAGCAACGCAGCCAGACGAUGGACGCGAGCCUCCCCCGGCGACCACGGGGCCCCCCGUGCGCUACACGCGUCCUCCGAAGUACCUCAUUCGGCAGGAAGACUCGCCUCUGGGAAGAGGGCAGCCUCCACAGCUUGACGACGCCCCCGCAUUGUCGCCGCCCCCCUUUGAUUCCCUAUACUCUUCACAGCCGCCGGCUGGAGGCGAUGGAGAAGGGCCUCGCCUCUCUCCGCCAUCUUAUUUCUCCUAUCCAGAUCCAAAUCAUGGCAGCGCCGCUUCCCCCAGUGAGCGUGGAGGCCCUUCUCUGCCUGCGCCACCGGAGGUCCAGCUGAGGUUGCCGGUCGUUCCGGUGGACUCUCUAGAGCCGCUCGAUCCCGGAAAAUUUCCUAGCGACAUUCCGGCUACGGGGGGACAGGCGAGAGCAAGGGGGGAGAGAGAGUCCCCAGACGCCUCGCAAGGCGCCCAGGAUCCGUUGAACCCGCCGACCCGUUACUCUCCGCCUCCAGGUCAGCCGGCCUCGCAGCCCCCCCCUAACUUUGCUGCCCCUCCUCAGGGGGCUUACUCAAAUGCAGGCGGGGCACUCUUCAGCCCCGAAGCAACAAUACGACAGUACCCACCCCCACCUCCUCGCGCGGCGCGGCCCCCUGGAAGGUCCUGGGAUGCGGUCGCAGACCUCGCAGGCUCGACCACGCAGCAGGGACUCUCUCUGGUUCCUCCGACGGCUUCAGAUCCGCGACAGCCCCAGCUUGCGCGUCCCUCGCAGGCAGGCGCCCCCUCCUUGGUCUUUUCUCCUGCCCCACCGGACGGACGGAAGCCGUACGCAGAAGAGCGCCCGGCUGCACUUCGUGAGAGGCGAGCGGCUCCGCUGGAGAUGGGCGCGCUGGAGAUGGGCGACUACCUCGGGCCGCCGAUGCAAGACGUGCCAGGCGAACAGAUGCGACUGCAGGACGGGAACGCUUUUGGUCAGCAGCCUGUCGGCGCACUCGAAGAGCAGGAAGCGAGAAAAAGAAGGGUUCCCCCGGGAAACCCGCCACGCCUGCCCCCGCCGCAGAGUCCGUCGCCGCCGCUACCGCCCUACGGCGGAACAACCGGAGGACAGACGCCCGCGGACUACAGCGGGUCACCAAGCAGGCCUGACCCCUUCUUGGCCCCCGCGCGCCGUCCGCCUUUCCUGCUCCCUGUUCGCGAAGAAGACUCCGAGCCGACGGCAAUCUCAAGGAGCAUCCCGCCCCCGAAUGGAGCAUUCGCCCCUGAGAGGGAUAUCGCGGACCCGCCCUCUGUGGGUGCAGGGCAGCUGAAGCCUGGGACGAGCUGGGGAAGCGCUGCCGGCGGGGACCUCGGUACCCUUUCCCGGCUGUGCCCGGACUGCUCCUCUGAGGAGCUCUCCGAGUCGGAUUCGUGGUCCUACUCUGACUCAGAAAUGUCUAGCGAAGAGUCAUACGCGUUCGAUCGCCUGAGUCCAAGCAUACGACCGCCGCUGGCACCUCCACAGAGGCCUCCAAGUCUUCAAAAACGAGACACGCCGCUUGCCUCUCCUUCACUUUCUUACCCAGUCCCGCCUGCAUACGCGCCGCGACGCCGUCCGCCUCUUGCUCCCCUCCCACCUGAACCAACAUAUCCCCUUCGGCCCUCGACGCCUCUCUCUUACGCUGACGACUUUGAGCGGCCGCCACUGGCGGCCCGUCCAGACCUGUUGCCUCCCCCUCCGACGCCUCAGCCCGUGCCCGUGCCCCCUUCAUCGUUACCGAGCCCUGAGCGUCAGCGUCUUUCGCUCUCUCCUGCGCUUCUCGAAACCCCGACGGGCGCCCCGCGUCCUGCGUCUCGUCUGCAGCCUCCUCUUCAACUCGCGCGCCCGGCAGAUCCCCUGCGCCCUCCCACGCUGCCUCUCCCUGAGGCUCGAGCCCUCCCGCUUGGCGCCGCACCUCCGUCAAGCGACUACAGGGUACCGGACCCCCGCAUCCGGAACGAAGACGAGGCCCUUGUCCCCCCGGCACUUCUCCCGCGGAGUCCGCAGCUCGCGCCCCCUCUGCCGGAAGACUCUGCGGGCUUCGUCGUGCCUCCGCCCCCGCUGCCGCCUCGCGAUGUUCAACGCCCCCGCCCCCUGCCCGCCGGCGCCCCGGAACUUAACGACGAAACGUAUUCUCGGAUGGAGGUCCCGUUGACCCAGGGCCGCGUGCAGCCCCCGGAGACGCUUGUGCGGCGUGCCGGGCCGCCGGGGCCGGUGCGGGGCGCCAGAGGCGACACGGGGCCUUCGAACUAUGUCUACGAGAGUAUGCCGACGACAACAGAAUUCGGCGCAGAAGUAGAGAGGGACUGGGGGGUCGGAGAACGAGAGCGCGCGACGCGCAACGCAGGCGGGGCCGCCGAGCUUGCCCGCCCGCCUCUCUCGCCGAGCUGGAGAUCCCCACCUCCGUUGCGAGCUUCUUCUCCACCUCUUGCUGCGCCGCCUCGAGCGCCCGCCGCUGUGCCUCUUCGCACAAGAACCUAUGUGGCUCAAGCGCCACCGAGUUUUCCUUCUGGGACAUGGACAGCAAAGGAGACGGCCGUAGAGAGCGUUUCGCGAGAAGGCGUGCGGCAGCCUCCGCCACUUUCUUCUGCCCUGCCUCCGGCGCGUCGACCCGCGCUGUCUGCGUUGGUGCCGUCGCCGCCCGCGCCGGUCCCGGGGCCGCUCGCGAAACCGGCAGCAGAGGCCGUGCUCGCUUUGCGAGGCGACGAGACCAAGGCGGGAUCGAGCCUCGCGUCCUCUCCCCCCCUCUUUGUUCCGUCUGCCUCUUCGCGACCCCUAGGCGCCGCCUCCAAGUCUGUCUCUUCACGUCGCGAAGAGCGCCCCAAGUUCGCCGCGGCCGCCCAGCGCUGGUCCAUUCGCCCGUCGUGGCGGGAGGUCGCCGCAGAGGGCAGCCCGGGCCUGGCGCUCGCUGCCCGCGAAAUCUCUCCUCUCUCGCCAUCGAAAGCUGCAGGGGGGGCUGUGUUUGUCGACGCGAAACCAGAGAAGGGUUUCGAGAGACGGGUGGGGGAAACGCGCCUCUUUGCGCUUCCUCCGCCCUCUCGACAGACCUUGAGACCUCGAGACGGUGUUUUUGAGGAGGCAACGGGGAUGAGUUUCUUCGCCGAACGGGAGGGCGUAGACAAAACUGAGCUCUCCUCUCCCGUGCGCCGCCCAGCCAACGCAGUGCUGCGGCCCACGGCGGACUCUGCGGGCGCUGUAGGGGCGCCGGAGCAAAAGGCAGAGCCUGGGACGGCCGUGCUUAUAGGCAGGAGAGACGUUUUAAGAGAACAAAUGAAAUCCGCUUCGUCUCUUGUGCCCUCCGCCGCACUGCCUACUUUCUCUGUGCGUGACGCGGCCUACGUACGCACGACUUCCAGCUCUCCCGCGACUCCUCAAAGAGUGCAAAUCACCUAUACAGACAAAUCCCCAGAAGCCUUCGCAGGCAAGGAGGGGAUGCGGACAGUGAUCCUAGGGGGAGAGGCGCCACCGAAAAGAAAAAAAUACCAGAGAUGGGCCUGA